AUGCCGCAAGCAUCGGGCGAACUCGACAUGGCCCCAGUACCUAGUGUGCAAGGUUACAUUGGAAAGAUACCACAGGAGCUGCGGCUCCAGGUGUGCGAGCUGUUGCCAGGCCAAGCGCUCAAGAACCUUGGACUGGCCAACAAACGAUGGCGAAAGUCUAGUUCGACUGUGCUCUGGAAGACUUUCAGCUCCCAUCUCCAGGAACGAGGUCGCGAUUUCGACGCGCUACUGUUAUCUCCACCUAAUGGAUUUCUCGAUAACGUCAAGAAUCUUAAGAUUACGUCUUUUGAUGUCUCCGAGAAGGUGCUGCAGCUGAUCGCUGUCCUGGCCCAAAACACAUUACGCACCGUGGAGCUACCGACUGGGAACCCCAGGAUCUUGGGCCUUUUGAUUCGCUCUCAAAAUCUGAUUGAAGAGCUUACAUAUCAGCACCCUGGACUGCAGCAUAGCCGUCCGGACUCUCGCUUCCUUGUAGGCAACUUGAAUAAGCUUCGAAAGUUGACCAUUACACCCGCCAAAGAUGACGACUUUAAUGCAUGGCUUCUCAAUACACCAGCUUUGGAGACCCUUAAUAUUGCACACUACAACGGGUUCAAGCCAUCCAAUCCCGAAUUACGAGACUUGGCUUCUCUUAAAAGGUGGAAAUGUCCUAGUACUUUCAUACCUCUGAGGCUUCGACACCUUCGCCUGUCGUACCUCAACCUAUUCGACGGCCCUUACCAUCUGGGGAAGAUCACUGAUCUCCAGUCUCUUACAGAUCUUGAGAUAAGCUACUGUAUCAAUGUCUCGUCCUUUUUAGAGCAUUUGAGCAUCGAAUACUCCGCACUGGACAGCUUCGCUUUGAAGUCGCUGUGUUUUACACAAUCUUUCGAAGAACCAGAUUUAUUCAAGUUCUUAAAUCAGUUUAUCGGAUGCUUUUCAGGCCUGGAGAGGCUCUUUGUCGCGACCCGAAAUCCUCAGCAUGUCAAUGUGGAGAAGAUGUGUCGACACGGGCAAACUCUACGACUUCUCCACUUGGAUCCGUUGUAUCGUCCAAGUCGCCUUCCGCUAUCCGAAGCCAGGAACCACUGCUACACGGCUACCGAGCUCGAGACACUUCUAGUUGGAUGUCCAAAGAUACAGGAGCUCGGUGUUCAUGUCGCUGCUAUCGAUAUCCGCUCUAUGACAUGUGGUGUACCAUAUCUGUUUCCUCAGGAACAAAACUUUGCAAAGGCUUUGGACGUAAUAGCCCGCUUUCCUUUGCUUCGCAGCUUGCGCCUUACGCAUUUGCUAGCAACGUGGUCGAAUGUUGAAUUCGGCAAUCCAGUUGAACGUGCGGUACAAUACUCCCAGUUGGCAACCGAGGUCCUACAAUACCUAGCAGCGCGAAGUUCGCCGAUCGAGAUUUAUGCUAACAGCCCUACCGUGACUCCGGGAUAUCUCGACAUGGCGAAGGACUUCCAGGGUCAUCAGUGGCCUCAUUACUACUACGUGCGCGGACUGAUGACCUUACCAUCCCGUGGCCGCACCCAUACGGAGAUCGUGGCGGUACCAGUCAAGGGGGAGAAUAUGGCAGGCUACCUUCCGAAACAAACAAUCUUGCUUAGGAAUGAACCAACGGAUGAAGUAAUAUGGUAG